AUGUACUGUGUUGAUGCCUAUUCCUGUUUUUUCACUGACUCUUAUAUUCUUUGUGAACAUCGAGAAACUCAAUCAGAAAUGAAAAAGAAACUUCCAAUUGAUGGAAUCAUUCAACAUGUCGUCAUAAGAGAAAUGUAUUCAAAGAAGAAGAAUCCUGAGGAGUUGCCUGAAGAAUAUCAGUUCGAUGAUGAGUUGAAUCUGGAGGAACGUUGGUAUAAAGAGUUCAGUCCAUUCAUUGUGUGGAAAUGUCAAGAGGAUAUUUAA